AUUCCACAAGCGCCUGGCCGAAGUGCUGGACAACCACGGCAAAGCCAUCAAGAACAACACGGAUUUCUUGUGUGACAUCUCAUCAACUCUUCGCAGCCACACCUACUCGCGUCUACCACGCGCCACCAGUGAGCCAGAACUAAAGGUUCCUGCCACGCCUGUCUUCCAGUCCGCGACACCCGUAGACAGCGCGGUCGAGUCCAGCCCCGACUUCAUGCCACCCACGCCUCCUGACACUCCCACUGUCGAAGUUUCCGAUUGGUCCUACAUUCCCCCAAAGCCCAGCGAGGUCAGAUACCAGUACGAACAACCAAAGGUUCCCAAGAUUGUCAUCAAGGACCACAGCACCUCGACGACCACCACCAUCAGCGCCCCUGUCGCCGCCAUUAUGGAUCUUUCCAUCUCUUCCAACGGCGAUGCCGAGACUGUGACUACCACUUCAGGCAUGUCUGCCAACACUCCCGCCAAGCAGAUCACAGCUAUGGUUCCUGUCAACAAGAACUCGAUCGGCUUGUCCAGUACCGCUUCCCCCGCCUCCAAGAGCAUGUCGUCCACGCGCACAGCUCCUGUCACGGCCGCUAUUACCCCGUCUUCCGUCAACUCAGUCGAUCAGACCCCCGCUUCGGAAGAGGACAUCUCCAAGUGGUAUGCCCACAACGCCGACCGCGUAGCUAAGAGCUUGCGCUACGACGUGGAACAGGUCGACCUGAAGAUGACUCGCUUUGUCCAUCGCCUCAACGAGCUGAAUGCUCAGUGCGCAGCCCUCAAGGAUCUCAUGUCGUCCAAUGCCUCGGUGGCUCUCAACCCAAACACCCAACAGCACCGUCGUACUAGAAGUACUCCGGCUGUUCAGGGUAACGACUACUUCACCAACAAGGAGAAGGAGAUCCGUGACGCCAUCAAGGAGGCCUUCCAGAGUCUUCGCUCAGCGCUCACCUUCUACCGCAAGCAGCGCGCAGCUCCUCUUGACCUUAUCAAGGCCAAGGCUGACAUUGCCAUGCCCGGCUACUGGUCCACCGAUGUCUACGGCAGACGUCGCGCCCUCUACCACUUCUACAACAGCAACAAGGAUAUCUCCAAGCCUGGCGACCGUACUCGCUACAACGAUACCAUGGCCCUUGUUGACGCUUGCACCGGAAUGUCUCUCAACCAGGACUUUGUCGACAAGAUUGACAAUUGGGAAAGCCAGAUUGGCGCCUUGAAGAGUCAGUCCGGCUCUGAUACUGUCAUCCCUUGA